CACACCUCCCAUGCCCACGAGGUAAACGCAAAAGACAAGGUUGAAAACUAAGCUAAGUGCAGCAGUGACUUUAUAUGUCUCUGAGUAUCAUACACAGUGUCCAGAAAUGGCAGACCUCCCCUUCAAGAUUCACAGGUGGGAAUGAUCUCCUUUGGAUCCUGUCUGACUUUAAAUGCCUCAAGGGAGACGAUCUACUGUUCUAUGGACCAGACGAUGAAUACAUUCCUCCUCUGGCGUGUAAGUUCAGCGUAGACGGUCUAAAUGGUAACCUGCUGGCUGUGGCAGACGAGGAGGGAAUUGUAGGACUGUAUGACACAAGGAGAAAAUUAUCGGAGUCUAAACUUUCCAGAUUUGAAGCUCACAGAAAUGCAGUGUUUGAUAUUGCUUGGUUGCCUGGAGGCACACAACUUGUGACUGCCUCAGGGGACCAGCGACUGUGUCUAUGGGAUGUGGUCGGGGAGACACUCCUGACCACUUUCUCUGGUCACAAGGGAAGUGUCAAGUCGGUCUGUGUCAAGAAGAACGAGCCCAGUGUGAUAGUGUCUGGUAGUCGUGAUGGCAGUAUCAUGGUGUGGGACACUCGGUGCACUGGUAAAGGGUCAUCGCAGAAACCUAUCAACAUCAUACACUCGGCACAUGAGAAAGAGGGACGAAGACAAAAUGGCCGCAAUAAAGCAACGUGUAGUGCGUCUAGUGUGACAGCUGUGCUCUUCCAUGGAGACAAGAUAGCUUCCUGUGGGACCAGUGAUGGUGUUGUGAAGCUGUGGGACAUGCGACGAUACUACACAAAUCACAAACGUGCCCCACCCCCCUGCUGGCACUCGUUUGCCCCUGUGGAGAGAGGGGGACGUGUCUACGGUUUCAACUCCCUCGUGGCCGACACCCAUCAGAGCGCUCUCUAUGCCAGUGCCACUGAUGACAUCAUCUACAAGUACAGUACAAGCACCCUGGGGCAGGCACCUGUGGAUGGCUACAGUGGACACAAGAGCUCCUCUAUGUUCUACUCCAAGGCCUGUCUAAGUGGGGAUGGGGAAUAUCUACUGACUGGCUCCAGCUGUGGCUAUGCCUAUAUCUGGAAGGUGAGGGACUCCCGAGUUCCCCCUCUACUGCUCCAGGGUCAUAGCAAGGAGGUGACAGCUGUAGACUGGUGUCCCACCAACCUGGACAAGGUGGUGACAUGCUCUGAUGACAACGACUUGUUUCUAUGGCGAGUGAUGAGGGGUGGGCAGUGGGCGUGUCGGGAGAGAGGGGCCUACACCAUCGGGGACACUACCCAGUACAGUGGAAAUGAGCAUCUGAAGGCUCAAAAAAGGAUUCUAGAGAUGUAUAGAAAAGCACAACCGUCCACCGAGACUCCCCCUAAAAAUCACACCUCCAGUACGAAAAAGACUACUCAAAGCCCAUGGAAUCCGAAAACUGAGACAAAAUCAGGAACUCUGAGAGGCUCUCUUCAAAUCAACUCACGAAGUCAACCCACAAUCUCCUCUACAAUGACCCCCACAACUCAAAUUUCGAAUUCAACCUCUACAACUAAUUCAAAAGCAACCCCUAAUCAAGAAGACAUGACAACAAGUAACAUCGCUACCCCUAAACCAACAAUCACUACAGACUCUGAGAACCUCCCCCAAACAUUGAAACAAGAGACUCCGCCCACUCAUGUAUCCGCUCUCGGUAGUCGUAAGAGGAAGCUUAUGUUGUCGGCCAAACAGAGCACAAAGAAAGUAAGAAAGAGUUGCUCAACUUGUGGGCCAUCACUAGCUGGCAAGAACUCUGUUGCUAAAAGAACUGCACAGACUUGUAGCAAAUGUAUGCCUUCUCUGCGUACUUAUUUCAAACCACAAUAGAGUUGUGUUUUAACAUUAUAAUUGGCAUUGUUCAAAUUACUGUUUGUACAAAACAUAAGAUGCAGCUGCUCUUACAGAUCUGUAUAAUUAUAGAUCUAUUACAUGGCUACGGCCAUUCUGUGUG